CGCGGGCGCCAGUGGCCGGGAACGAUCGAGGGCGCGAGGCGGCAGCCAGCGGCGCCGGGACCCCGAGAUCGGCCGGGGCUUCCCCGACCGCCGCCUCCGCCGCCCCCAGCCCCGCCGCUCCAGCUCGCGGCCCGGGAAGAUGGCGCUGCACUUCCAGAGUCUGACGGAGCUGGAGGCACUGUGCACUCACCUCUACAUCGGGACUGAUCCGACGCAGAGAGUCGGGGCGGAGAAAGCGCUCCUGGAACUCAUCGAUAGCCCAGAAUGUCUCAGCAAGUGCCAGCUGCUGUUAGAGCAAGGGACAACCUCCUAUGCGCAGCUGCUCGCUGCCACCUGCCUCUCAAAGCUUGUCGGUCGACUCAGCCCUUUGCCCGUCGAACAGAGGAUCGAUAUCAGGAACUACAUCCUCAACUACCUGGCCUCGCAGCCCAAGCUGGCUCCCUUUGUUAUCCAAGCUCUAACUCAAACCAUCGCGAAAAUCACGAAGCUGGGCUGGUUUGAGGUUCAGAAAGACCAGUUUGUCUUCAGAGAGCUUAUUGCUGAUGUGAAGAAGUUUCUUCAGGGGACCGUGGAACACUGCGUUAUAGGCGUGAUCAUCCUUUCAGAACUGACUCAGGAAAUGAAUCUGGUUGACUACUCAAGACCUUCAGCAAAACACAGGAAAGUAGCUGCCUCAUUUCGUGACUCUUCUCUCAGAGACAUUUUCGUGCUCACAUGCUCUCUCCUCAAAGAGGUGCUGGCUAAACCUUUGAAUCUGCAGGACGAAGGUCAGCAAAAUCUAGUCAUGCAGGUCCUGAAGCUGGUCCUCCACUGCCUGAGUUUUGACUUCAUAGGCAGUUCAGCAGACGAAUCUGCUGAUGAGCUUUGCACGGUGCAGAUCCCGACAACCUGGAAAACAAUUUUCCUGGAGCCCGAAACAUUGGACCUUUUCUUCAAUUUGUAUCAUUCACUACCUCCACUACUAUCUCAAUUAGCGCUCUCAUGUCUAGUUCAGUUUGCUUCCACGAGAAGGUCCUUAUUUAGCAGUCUCGAACGUGCCAAGUACCUUGGGAAUUUAAUUAAGGGAGUAAAAAGGAUUCUUGAAAACCCUCAGGGUUUGUCUGAUCCGGGAAAUUAUCAUGAAUUUUGUCGACUUUUGGCUCGUUUAAAGACAAACUAUCAGCUGGGAGAAUUAGUUAUGGUGGAGGAGUAUCCUGAGGUCAUCAGGUUGAUCGCUAACUUUACCAUCACUAGCCUGCAGCACUGGGAAUUUGCCCCCAACAGCGUCCAUUACUUACUGACCCUUUGGCAAAGGAUGGUGGCGUCGGUGCCCUUCAUGAAAUCCACGGAACCACACUUACUAGACACUUACGCACCAGAAAUCACCAAGGCCUUUAUCACCUCUCGGUUGGAGUCUGUUGCCAUCGUUGUGAGAGACCACCUGGAUGACCCCCUGGAUGACACGGCCACCGUGUUCCAGCAGCUGGAGCAGCUGUGCACCGUCAGCCGGUGUGAGUACGAGAAGACUUGCGCCCUACUGGUGCGGCUCUUCGACCAGAAUGCACAGAACUACCAGGAGCUGCUGGGCGCCCCAUCACAGAGCCAGGCCGGCCUGGCCGUGCAGGAAGGACGUCUCGCGUGGCUGGUCUACUUGGUUGGAACAGUUGUUGGAGGAAGAUUAACUUACACUAGCACAGACGAACAUGACGCGAUGGAUGGAGAAUUGUCCUGCCGAGUUUUUCAGCUGAUCUCGUUAAUGGAUACCGGGUUACCCCGAUGCUCUAACGAGAAGAUAGAGUUGGCAGUUCUGUGGUUCCUGGACCAGUUUCGUAAAACGUAUGUUGGGGAUCAACUUCAAAGAACCUCAAAGGUAUAUGCCCGUAUGUCAGAAGUCUUAGGAAUAACAGAUGACAACCAUGUUCUAGAAACAUUCAUGACAAAAAUCGUUACAAACCUCAAGUACGGGGCAAGAUGUGAGCCUAUAAUUUCAAGAACUCUGCAGUUCCUAAAUGACCUUUCUGUCGGUUAUAUCCUCUUAAAAAAGCUGGCCAAGAUAGACGCCGCCAAGUUCAUGCUGAGAAACCACACAAGCGAACACUUCCCUUUCCUGGGCAUCGGUGACAGGGACGGUCUGAGCGACCUGAGAUGCCGAACCACCUUCUACACGGCCCUCACCCGCCUCCUGAUGGUGGACCUAGGCGAAGACGAGGACGAAUUUGAGAACUUCAUGCUGCCCCUCACGGUCUGUUUUGAGACCGUAUUACAGAUAUUCAACAACAACUUUAAGCAAGAUGAUGUAAAGCGUAUGCUGAUCGGGCUGGCAAGAGAUCUUCGAGGGAUUGCCUCUGCGCUGAACACAAAGACCAGCUACACCAUGCUGUUCGACUGGAUGUACCCGGUGUACCUCCCGCUCCUUCAGAGAGCUGUCAAGCAGUGGCACGGAGAGCCAGCGUGUACCACGCCCAUCCUAAAACUCAUGGCAGAGAUGCUGCAGAACAGAUCCCAGCGUUUGAAUUUUGAUGUAUCAUCUCCUAAUGGAAUUCUUCUCUUCAGAGAAGCUAGUAAAAUGAUUUGCACUUAUGGUAAUCAGAUCCUGUCUCUCGGGACUCUCUCGAAAGCUCAGAUUUACCCGAUGAAACUCAAGGGCAUCUCCAUCUGCUGUUCGGCUCUCAAGUCGGCCCUGUGCGGGAAUUAUGUCAGCUUUGGCGUCUUCAAGUUGUACGGGGACGACCACUUUGACAACGUCCUUCAGGCCUUUGUCAAAAUGCUGCUGUCGGUGUCCCAUAGCGACCUGCUGCAAUAUCGGAAACUGAGCCGCUCUUAUUAUCCUCUCCUGGAAUGUCUCGCUCAGGACCACAUGAGCUUCAUCACCAGCUUAGAGCCGCCAGCGCUGCUGUUCGUCCUCACAUCCAUCUCCGAGGGACUCGCGGCGCUCGACACGCUUGUGUCUUCCAGCUGCUGCACCAGCCUGGACCUCAUCCUCACCUGCCUCUUCAAGCACAUCGCCAAAGAAGGCAAGCCAGGCCCGUGGGGCAGCGAGAGGCCCCGGGACGGCCAGAGGCUACUGCAGUUCCUACAGCAGCACCCCGACGUCCUACCACAGAUGAUGUCGGUCCUCAUGAGCUCCGUUGUCUUUGAAGACUGCCGAAACCAGUGGUCAGUCUCCAGGCCUCUCCUGGGGCUCAUCUUGCUCAAUGAGAAGUACUUCAGUGAGCUCAGGGCCAGCCUGAUAGGCGCCCAGCCGCCCCCCAAGCAGGAGCUGCUCGCACAGUGCUUCCGAAACCUGAUGGCGGGAGUGGAGCAAAGUCUCUCGGUCAAGAACAGAGACAGGUUCACCCAGAAUCUCUCCGUGUUCAGGAGGGACGUGGCCGAGGCCCUGCGCAGUGACGGCACUUCAGAGGCCUGCAACCUGGACAUGAUGAGCUGACCGGCCUGGGCGGGC